AUGGGGAAUCCUGCUAGCCCAAUCCUAGCUAGCCUUGUUAUGGACUACGUCAUAUCCAAGGUUGUGAGCGAAUUACCCUUCGAGAUUCCCUGGAUCAAACUGUAUGUGGACGAUACAAUUCUCCCAGUUCCAGGAAAUGAGGUUGAGAGAGUGAAAGACCUGUUCAACUUGGUCCAACGGCGAAUCCAGUUCACAGUGGAGAUGGAAACUGACAGCACGAUCAACGUUCUAGACGUCCAGGUCUUCCGUGAGAGCAACGGGCUACUGAAAACAAAUUGGUACCAAAAACCGACUAGCGCGGGACGAGUUAUCAAUUUUAAGUCCAACCAUCCAACCUCUCAGAAGAUUGGAGUAGUUUUCGGAUUGCUUCACCGAGCAAUAGGCCUGAGCCAUGAGGAUUUCCACAGGGAGAAUCUGAACCGAGUGAAGAAGGUGCUUGUCAACAACAACUAUCCGGUAAAGUUCAUCUCAAAGUGUGUGAAUAGCUUUCAAGAACGGAGAGAUGGACAUACUACUAGAGUUGAACCGGACACUAAACGUAGUUUCAGACUUCCACUGAUUAAUGGGCUGUGGCAUCGUUUAAACAGAUGUUUAAAGCUCACAGAUUCGAGGUUUGUACCAUACAACCUCAGGAGAGUAGGAGAUCUUUAUUCGAAGCUUAAAGAUCCCACACCACCGUUGGAGAGGGCAGGUGUGAUAAAUAAGAUCCCUUCUGAGUGCCAGAAAUGGUACGUGGGUCAGACGAAACAACUUCUCGGUGUACGGAUUAGGCAGCAUAAAAAUGAUUGUGUUCCUAAGAAGCAAAAUAAAGAUGAGAAAACCGCGUUAGCAUUGCAUCAUGUCAGCACUGAACAUCGAUUCAUAUUUGAAGCUACGUCUAUCCUUGACGUGGAACAAAAUUGGAGGAAGAGGAACAUCAGCGAAAUGAUACACAUCAGUUUGAACACGACGGUGAAUAAACGGGAGGACACGCAACAUUUAAGUUCGAUGUACAACAGCUUGCUGAGGAAGUUUAAACAUCAGUCUCUCGGGGUACCCUAG